ACACUGGUCACCAGUGGUGAAUUUGGUAAUGUUAUAUUCAAACGAGUUUAAACCCUUGUUAUGCCAUGAAGUUUAACUUUUUCACUCAUUCAUUGUCCACGUUGUGACAUUUAUCGCGCUCCGAUAAAAUAAUGCGUGUUCCUUUGUAUUUUAAAAGAUAAUAAUGAUUCUUCUUCGUCUAUCCGCAACAACAACAACCAUAAUAAUAGUAAUAAUAAUUACUAUUAUUGUCAUAAUUGUUAUUGCUUUACGAUGGAACAUGUCUGAUAGAAAUAGGUGGUCGUGAAAAGCAGAAAUCAUUGCAGCCUGAUAUCUGCAUACUUGGCAGUAAAUUGCACCGAAAUGAAGCGUUCGAAAGAAUUAGUUUUAGAAGGACCAUUUUUUUCACCAGCUCUUUUGUAUACAAUUUUGUAAAUGUGCAGCCAUAAAUGCACAUGGCAAAACAGAAUACGCAUUUGUUUCUAGGUGUCUUUUUAUAUAAACGCCACACCUGCUGCAACGCUGUAUCUCAUGCGACAGUCCAUGACGCUUUGUAAUGGUUCCAUUUUCCAUAUGGUGCAGUUGCUUGAUUCUGACGAGUUGUGACUCGGAAACAUUUAAAUGCAACACACAGAUUUUUUUAUUAUAGUAACCGUAAUAGAUGGGUCAAAUUAUUUGUGAAGAAACAAAAAAAUAAUCCAAAUUCAUACUCACCGCGCUCGUGAAAUGAAGCAGGCAUUGGAUGAUACUGAGGAUGUUUCGCUGGAUUUCGGAGCAGAGGAGGAAGAACGGGCGCUAAGGACUGCGAAAAUAAGACACCCCAUGGCUACGUUUUUCCACUUGUUUUUUCGCGUAAGUGCCAUCAUUACUUACCUGUUCUGUGACUGGUUCAGCAAGAGUUUCGUCGCCUGUUUCGUCAUGAUCAUCACCCUUCUCUCCUGUGACUUCUGGUCUGUAAAGAAUGUGACUGGGAGACUGCUGGUGGGCCUUCGCUGGUGGAAUCAGAUUGAUGAAGAUGGGAAGAGUCAUUGGGUGUUUGAAGCCAAGAAGCCGUGUCUGCAGAACAAGACUACAGCGACCGAGGCAGAGGCCAGGAUCUUCUGGCUGGGGCUCAUCAUCUGCCCUCUCAUCUGGACCGGCUUCUUCUUCAGCACACUCUUCUCUCUCAAGCUGAAGUGGCUGGCCCUGGUCAUAGCUGGCAUCUCUCUCCAGGCUGCGAACCUUUAUGGCUACAUCCGUUGCAAGGUUGGGGGAGAGGAGGGUGUUCCCAGCUCUGCUUCCUCCCUUCUUGGACAGCAGUUUCUCCAGAGGCCGGAUAUAAUUUUUGGCGUGCUAUAAAAGAAGGUUAACAGUUGGAGACUGUGCAAUGUGUCAGUGUGUAGGUGUGAUGGCUAAUAUAUGACAUGGACGCUGUCUGUACUGAAGCAUCAAUUUAACCAGGCUGUACCGCUUCAACUUACAGUAUGCACUCUAGUGUGGAAGAUAAUCCCAACAGGUUUUACCUUUGCAGAAAAGAACAAAUAAAAAAAAAAUAAAAAAAUUAUGCUUAUAAUGAAAAAUAAUUAAUUGAGAAUGAACUUUUAUUUUAAUGCCUGGAACGGGCAGUAUAUUCAAUGUAAGUUUUGUCUGUACACAAUAAAUGCACCUUUUUUCUUUGCA